AUGAGGAAGGGAUAUGGCGCAAAUCAGCCAGCGUAUCUUGACCGGACAGUUAAAGGAGAGCCCUUGACUCGCACUUUGAUUAAAACCAAAGAGCUCAAUCACGUGAUCAAAGGUCUUAGCAACGAUUGCAAUUCCUUCGACUUCCUACAGUUUGCAACCUCGUUCGAUUUCGUGGAACGUCACGGGACACAGAGUAACAUCAAGUAUACGUACAUCCCAGCGAACCUCCAACGAACUAUCUCCCCCUGCUCUCCUCCGAAGUAUCCGUUUCUCAUAAUCUCUCUUUCGUCGGGAAGCUCUGCAGGGCAAGCAAUGGCUUGUUCAGCCAGCCUUAUGGGCCGCCUUGCGCAGUUCCGCUUUGAACCGGCUUCAGGCUGGCAGUCGGCUGCAACCUCCUUCCUCCUGGUGACAGGGGCGUUGGUUACAACAUGCAAACUGCUCAGCUUUCUCCGCGCUUUAUUUAGUAUUUUCAUUCUACCAGGCCAAAAGCUCACGAAAUUCGGCCCAAAAGGCAGCUGGGCCGUGGUCACUGGCGCUUCCGAAGGAAUCGGUAGAGAAUUCUCUCUCCAACUAGCGCGCGCGGGUUAUAAUAUACUUCUUAUUUCGCGGAGUUCCUCAAAGCUAACCGCCGUCGCCAAUGAAAUCAAAACUAAAACACCCACCGCCCAAACCAAAAUCCAUGCGAUGGAUUUCUCCGCCAAUAAUGAUCUCGACUACGAGAAACUCAAGGCCUUGAUCCAGGACCUCGAUGUCUCCAUUCUUGUCAAUAACGUCGGCCGCAGCCAUAGCAUACCCACCCCCUUCGUCUUAACCCCUCUGGACGAAAUGGAAGAUAUCAUUACCAUCAACUGUCUUGGCACCCUACGUAUCACCCAGCUGGUUGCUCCGGCAAUGAUGCAGCGCAAGCGCGGUUUGAUCCUAAUCAUGGCUUCUUUUGCCGGAAUGCUACCCACUCCGUUGCUCGCCACAUACUCUGGCAGCAAGGCGUUCCUGCAAUAUUGGUCGACCGCUUUGGGCUCCGAGCUUGAGCCAUACGGUGUCCAGGUCCAGCUUGUCCAGAGCCACUUGGUAACGUCGGCCAUGUCCAAGAUCCGUCGGACUAGCGUUACCAUCCCCAAUCCGCGUGACAUGGUUCGCGCUACUCUCAGCAAAAUUGGUCGUGGAAGCGGGCUCUCAGCGUAUGCAUAUACCUCAGCACCCUACUGGAGUCACGGCCUGAUGGCCUUUGCGCUCACGCAGGUUCUGGGCAAAAUGGGUAAGUUCGUUCUAGGCUAUAAUAAGGCGAUGCAUGAAUCUAUUCGAAAGCGGGCGCUACGGAAGGCGGAGCGGGAAAAGGGAAGGAAAUCUACGUGA